AUGGAUGAGAAUCAUCCGCCGCCAGGCGAAAGCUCACAGGGCGUGGAGAUACUUGCAACUCCCAAGAAACAGCACGCUGAAGCGGAGUUUGGAGAUGGGAACCAGUCUCUUCCCAUCGACCUUGUGGACGACAGCGUCCCUAGCCCUAACCAAACACAGGCACCUCCCGUACGUAGAGGGAGAGGAAGACCACGAGGUUCCAAGAAUAAAAAGACUAUCGCUGCGGAAAAUGCUGCCCGACAACCACAGACGCGAUUCCCAUCACCACCGCAUGCACUGGGCGAUGAAAGGGACAGCCACCAGAGUUGGAUGGGUGAUAAGUAUAUUCCUAACAAUUAUGGAGGCUCUCCGCGCCAAGCUAUCGACACAUCACAGCUCAGCAAUGGGGAAGUUUUGGUCCCGCCCGACCCUUCUGAGAGUCACGCUAUCGCGGAACUCAUCAAAAGUUAUCGAAACUCGGUCAAUCUUAUGAAGGAGAAGAACAGGCAGUCUGCUACCAUCAGCAAGGACAGACUGAAGGAAGAAGAGCAGUAUGAGCUCGCAAAACUUAUCGAUUCCCACACCUGGAACCAGGCGCAAGAAGACGAGCUGGACGCAUCUUGGGAGAGUGGCUUGGUUAAGGCUGUAAUAGAGCGCUUGCCCGAUCGCGGUGCUUAUCUUUCCUCCGUCUUCGAGACAUCCUAUCGUCUCUGCAACAUGGAUCCUCUAUCCCUGCUAUCCAUGUAUCACAACUUUGAGUUCGACAAUAGCGGUAGUGAUAGCUUUAUGCAUGCUGGACAAAUGAAGCGCAACCCUUUGUGGACGCCCCAUUUCUGCGACAAGUUCAAGAGAAUCAUGGCGCAUCCUUUGUUCUAG